AUGGCUGUCGAUCCUUACGGCGAGGGACUAGGAGAGGAAGCGGGUGCGGAACUCAGUGGGUGGGCUCCCCCGCUUGAGACGGAGACGCCACCUCCAGCUGAUAUCCGCGAAGACGAAGACGAAGAGCAUGCAGGAGGGUCCGUCGAGGGUGAUGCGCGUGGAGGACCUGCGACCAGGGGCGGUUCGAACGAGGGUUCGGAACGAGGAACGCCGAGGAAGAUCAAACCCAGAGUCGAGGCUCGCGAGGCUCGAAGGGACGGAGAGGGGACGAUCGGGUCUGAAGCUCUGUCUCCAAGAGCGAGAAGGAUGAAUGAGUCGGUGUUGGACACGCCCCGGGGCCGAGAGAUGUUUAACCAGUUCCUCGCGCGGCUGGCACGCCAGCCAGCGCCGAGCGAAGAACCGGCUCCGGUGAGGACGACGGCGGGUGAGACGGCGGAAGCCGUGACGUCGACCCCGAGAGCUCGGCAAAGAGACGCGUUCUCCUUCGAUGCGUCGAGGCCGUCGCUACCUCUUGUGAGCGAGACGCAAGGCGAGGUACCGACAGUAAUGCCAGCCGGUGCGGCGUUCGACGCGAGAGGAACAACAAGGCACACUUCUCCGCGGGUGGUGGAACGCCAUGGUGUGUCUAGAACACCGUUUUCGGAGAGUGGCACGCCCAGGUGGCAACGAGGAACGCCUGUGCGGGCGGCGGAGACGCCGACAAGGAGGGCCGGAACGCCGACGUCAGACUCCGCGUUACAAGAGAUGUUGGUCGACACGUUUAGUCGAGCACUCCAGAGGCUGUCCGCCUCAGCUGGAACGCCGACAAGUACGCCACGACCUGCAAGGGCGAGGCCUGUGUCGCGCCCCGUGCCGGCGUCCACACGGAACGCCUUCGUCGAUCAGACUCGACCGGCUAGUACGCCGAUGCUCGGGUACCAAGGUUCGAUGGCUCCCAUAGUGGCGCUUUCGGCGCCAGCUUCGACGCCUGUGGGAAUGCCGAUGGCGGCGAUCCCGUCAUACGGUGGCGUGACCAUUCUGGUGCCGGGUACCAGCAGGAACGAUGGAGGGGACGUGGCGCUUUCGGCGCCAGCUUCGACGCCUGUGGGAAUGCCGAUGGCGGCGAUCCCGUCAUACGGUGGCGUGACAAUACUGGCGCCGAGCACCAGCAGGAACGAUGGAGGGGACGGUGCGGCACGCCUGGGUGCUCUUUAUCCGCCGUUCCAACCUCCUAAAACGCCCACGGCUGGAUGGAGCUCUGGCGGAACGCUGUCAGCGUGGUCGGCAGCUCCCGCGACUCAGACGCCUGCGAGCAUGGGAGGCCUUGGGCUUGGCAGGAGUUUCAGUGGUCACGGAGGAGGCUACCCGACGCAUUCGGCGUACCCUCAAGGAAUUGGAACGCAAACAAGACGGAACGAGCCGAUAGUAGGCACCCCAACUGUGUUGAGGAACGCCGUAAAGGUGAUCGUUCCUUUCUACUCCGACACCGCCACGAGUGAAAGGGCGGCGGCGUUUUGGCGUUUCUUCGAGAAGUUCACGCAUGGUAUGGACGUCCAGAUGAGGUUGACGGCGUUCGAGUAG